GCCCACUGGGGACCAGAGACCAUGGAGACGCCUUCUCUGCUUCUCUGCAAAGGGCUCCUGCUCACAGCCUUCCUCUUAACCUGCUGGAAUGCACCCACCACUGCCGAACUCACUAUUGAAUUAGUGCCCCCCAUGGUUGCUGAAGGUGGAAACUCCGUCCUAUUUGUGCAUAAAAUGCCGCUGAACGUCCAGGCAUUUUACUGGUACAAACAGAAAGAUUCGACCAAGAGCUACGAAGUUGCACGCUACUUAACACCCGAUAACACAACGUCGAAGAUGCCUCAACACAGCGGUAGGAGAACGGUAUUCUACAGUGGAUCCCUGCUGAUCAGAAACGUCACCCAGGCUGACAGUGGAUUCUACACCUUACUAACGUUCAACACAGAAAUGCAAAGUGAACUCACACACGUACAUCUGGAAGUAUACCAGCCUGUGGCACAGCCCACCCUCCAAGCAGACAACACCACAAUAACAGAAGAUGGUUCUGUGACCCUCACCUGCCUCCCAGAAAAUCCUGGACUCUCCAUCCGCUGGCUCUUCAAUCGCCAGAGCCUGUAUUUCAACGGCAGAAUGACGCUGUCCCAGAAAAACAGUCAACUUGUAAUAGAUCCGGUCAGGAUGGAGGACGCUGGGGAGUAUCAGUGUGAAGUCUCCAACGGGUACAGUUCUAAGACGAGUCCCCCAGUCCAAAUGUCUGUGACCAGCGAGUGACCUAUCCUCUCUCCAGGCACCACAGUGGGGGUGGAGGGGAGAGUUCUUUGUCAAUGAU